ACGUGUGGAAAGGUGCGCGUACGGCUCGGCGCGGCAGGACGAGGAAGUGAGGCCGAACCGACAUAUUUUCGUGCGUGUGUGGAGUGUGUCAACAAUGGACGAGUUUCGCUUUUCCCAACUGAAAAGCCAGGCGCCGUAGGAGCCGCUCCGCGGUCUUUGCAUGCGCUCCUGUGCGCCAGGGAAGGCGCGAUGCCGGCGGCACCGUGGCGCGGCGCGGCGCUGCUGCUCUGCUGCGCGUGUUUGUGCGCCGCUCUGGAGCAGCGAGGCUGUAUCCUCGGUGAAGUGGGGAAGCCGGUGCUGCUGCCCUGCCACCCCAACUUGGGGAGACUGUCGAACUUUUCCGUUGAGUGGAGGAACCACGACGAGGCCGUGUUCAGGUCGCUGUGGGACGGGGAUGGGAACGUGGAGACGUGGAGCGUGAAUUAUGCCAGGAUUCCCACAGACGCGGCGGCCACUGGGAACUUCUCCCUGGAGCUGCCGUCAGCUCAGCCCAAACACGACGGGAGCCGAUACGGCCUGUUCCUGCUGUCAGGGGAGAACCAGAGCGCGCCUCUGUGUACCAGGUGUCUCAGGGUCGCAGCCAGUUUUAGGAUCCCCGAGGUGAGGAAGGAAGAAUCGUCCUACCUGUGUCGGUCCUGGGGGGGCUACCCCCAGCCUGUCGUCUACUGGCUCAUCGACGACAGCCGGCAGCCCCCCGACGGCGCCGUGACGACCCGGGCCCAGGCGCUCCCCGACUCCCAUCUGUACAACGUCACCAGCCGGCUGACCGUCAACGUUUCCAAAGACGACACCGUGUCGUGCACCGUCACGAAUCCGUCCACGAAUGAAACCCUGACGGCCAAACUGGGAGCCAGCAGCAGCGGGAGACGCGCGUCGCAGGGCAUGUGGAUCUUCAGCACCGUCCUGUGCGUGGUGGUCGCCAUAAUGGUGCUUGCCGGGAUCUACUAUCAGCUCCACCUGGACAAGAUAAGCAAGCGGAGGAAGAAGGAAUACGUGGAGCCACGGAGAGGUCGACGAUAUCAGUACAAGCAGGCGACCGAGGAAAUGAUGCCGGAGCCAAAAGAGACCGACGUGUGAAAGAAAAGGACAAGAAAAAAAAGUUCAUCUCUGGAUCCACCGCCACUUUUUUAUGAUCAGUCCAAACAAACAAACAACAAAAAAAAGCACCGACAUGUAAAUACUUCUUGAGUCAUUGUGUUGCAUUUUCUAGAUGCUUAUCCUAAGCUUGCCGUCUACUUUUUUUUUUGUUCUUAAAUGUGCCGGCUGAUUGAUUCCAGUCAGAAAUGACAAGGACACUAGUAGCCUGGCACAUUCUGUUCUUAAUGAGAACAUGCGUCUAAUUUCCUCUUACUCUACAGGAAGUGAGGAAAAAUGGAUUUUUGAUGGUGAAGUCCAAAGAUCGGGCGGCUAACUCCAUAAUGUAAUGCUGUUACUGGUCACUUAUUGGUGUUUUGGGCGGUCAUCAUCCUGUUAAAGCACCAAUUUCCUCUUCAGUAUAACGCUGGACCACCACCUCCUCCUCGAGUAUUUGGAACCGAUUCCUGGUACCCAACAAACAGACCAGAUGGUGUAGAAUGAGAAGUUUCCACAUAUUGUGAUCCCAAACCCCUCAUGAUUAUAGUGUAGUGUAACUUGAAUUCAAAGAUUGGGGUUAAUUGUUGGAAUUAUUUCUCUUUAGCAAACCACAAAUUCUUCUGAACGUUUUUUUUUUUGCCCCAACUCUGGGACAUUAUUGAUGCUUUUUGCAAUAAACGUGCCUUCACACAGACACUGUUUAAUUCUUACAGCACUCAAAGGCAACAGAAGAAACUUCCCCCAUCAACAGCUGUGAGUUUUUUCCAUUGUGACUAUUUUUUAUCCUUCGAUUGGAUUGCACGUUUUUCAUUUUGCUUCAAGGUUCUGGUUUUGGUUCAUGCUGUAAAGCAUUUCAAACCAUGUUGGCCGCAUAGUUUACGUUUUUUUCCCGCUUUCACCCAAUCUGCCUUCAAGUCGAGUAAAAGCCCUUCUGUUUGUUCAGGAAAUGAAGAAACUCACUGGAGCCCAAACUAAUAUUCUUAUACUAUGUCACCACUGCUGAUUUCUAUUAAAUUAUUUGCCUUGUAGAAAUAUAAUUUCUAUAAAAAAAAACUGAACAAAGCGCUGGCUAACUUUUAUGUUGAACACAGCCGCAAAUGUUCUUAGGGGCAUUGCGGUACUUUUAUGUUUGGCGCUACUGUUAGCCAUGGAGUUUAUGCAUGUCUUUAUUGUGUGUGUUGUUCUUCGUUAUUGAAGCACUUUAAAUUGUCCGUAAACAUUUUAAAGUUCCCUUAAUUUAGAGAGGAUGCUUUCUAAAUAAAGCUUGUCUGUUUUAAUCAAUGACACGCCUCCAUAAGUGAAGGUUUAUAAGAUAUUUCCCGUUUUUGUCUACAUUUUAAAGCCACAAGGGGCUGAAGUAAGGAUUUAUUCUGACCACAAACAGGUGCUUUGGUGACUUAUUAUUAAAAAAAACGGCUUUCA